AUGAUGAUGAAAAAAAGAUUAUUAUUAUAACAGUUAGAUUUGGCUGCUCCAAAAAAGCAGACAGGUCCUUAUAAGCAAUUCUUGUAAGAAUAAUUAGCAAUUUAACAUCUUAAAUAUCCUUAAAGAACAACAGAUGAAUUAACAAAAUUGAUAAAUCUAAUGUGGAAGGUGAGAGAAAAAAAGAAUAAUCAAAUGUAUUUUUAGCACAAUGGAUACGUGAAUAUCAGUGAGACAGAAAGGGUGCCUGUUCCUCAGCCCCCUCCUCCGGUGUUGAUAAUGUUUAAAAAUAUAUAAUGUGAAAAAGCUUCCAAAAAAAUAUGAGGCAACUCCUCUAGUUUACACAUCCAGAGUAUAAUGGAGAAUAGGUGGAUCACACAAUUAAAUUCGAAUGGACUUUAAAUUCCACCCAAAGAUAGAAAGCAGCUGAGGAAUUCAGAUAGUUGAGACAAGUUUAAAUUAGUAUAACAAUAUGAUUAGGAAUUCGAGAAAGAAAAGAAAGAAUUUAUUAAUA